UCCAAACCCUACCCGUACCCCACAAGCAUAAUAGGGUUUUGCGCCUCUCUUCGUUUCCCUCAGUUUCCCUCACAGAAGCAGCAGACGGAGAAGGCGGAGGCGGAGUCGGAGUCGGAGUCUGUGAAGCCGAAGAAUCCAAUAUGGCUAGAGGUUUGAAGAAGCAUUUGAAGAGGCUCAAUGCUCCCAAACAUUGGAUGCUUGACAAGCUUGGUGGUGCAUUUGCGCCCAAGCCAUCAUCUGGACCCCAUAAGUCAAGGGAAUGCCUACCCUUGAUUCUUAUCCUUCGAAACAGGCUGAAAUAUGCUCUCACAUACCGCGAAGUCAUUGCAAUCUUGAUGCAACGUCAUGUUCUUGUUGACGGGAAGGUCAGGACAGAUAAAACAUACCCUGUUGGUUUCAUGGAUGUUGUAUCUAUUCCCAAGACGAAUGAGAAUUUCCGUCUCCUUUAUGACACAAAGGGUCGAUUCCGACUCCACUCCCUCAGAGAUGAAGAGGCCAAGUUUAAGCUUUGCAAAGUUCGCUCAAUACAGUUUGGGCAGAAAGGCAUUCCAUACCUCAACACUUAUGAUGGGCGGACUAUCCGUUACCCUGACCCGCUUAUCAAGGCCAAUGAUACCAUCAAACUUGACCUAGAGACAAACAAGAUUGUUGAUUUCAUCAAGUUUGAUGUGGGGAAUGUUGUCAUGGUGACUGGAGGAAGGAAUAGAGGCCGUGUUGGUGUCAUCAAGAACAGGGAGAAGCAUAAGGGAAGCUUUGAGACCAUCCACGUCCAGGAUGCAACUGGCCAGGAGUUUGCCACUCGUAUGGGAAAUGUCUUCACCAUCGGAAAAGGUACAAAGCCGUGGGUGUCACUUCCCAAGGGCAAGGGUAUCAAGUUGUCCAUCAUAGAGGAGGCUAGAAAGAGGAUUGCUGCCCAAGCAGGUGCAGCUGCAUAAAUUUAUGAAUGAAGAUCUGUUGCAGAUUCUCUAAUUAGUUGCUCUAGGUUGAGGAUUUAUGUUGUCCUCGUAUCUUGUUACAACAUUGAACUAAAUUUUGUGUUUGGAUAUUUUUGGUUUGAUUUGAGAUUGAGCUACGUCGGUUAUCUGCUAAAUUUAUGUUAGUGACCGCAGUAUCUUUAUACAAGACAUCCCAGCAGAUGGGAUGUAAAAGAAAUUGAAAAUGUCAUUUAAGUACUCAUUUUUAA